UGAAAAUUCCCUUUUACACCGCUACGAAACCUCGGGAGCCAUGAAAGGCUUAGAAAGAGUGCGAGGAAUGGAAUUGGUCGACCACCAUAUUUUUGUUACUCCGGAGCAAUUGAAAGAAGAAUUUAAAGAAAAUUAUCAUUAUAUUAGUGAGAUUUUAACUGUCCUCAAUUUUAAAUAUUCCGAAGAACUUUUGGUGAGUUCGCUUGAUGAAUUGAAUUUAGAUUAUGUGAUUUUAAAAGGAGAAGCGGCCUUUUAUGGGCCUAAAUUAGAUAUUGAAAUUCAGACUGCUGAUGGAAAAAAUGUUACGGUAUCAACUAUUCAAUUUGACUUUGUUUUACCCCAAAAAUUUGGUUUACAUUAUAUUGACAAGGAGCAAAAAUUACAAACUCCGGCCAUUAUUCACCAUUCUCCCAUUGGCACUUAUCAGCGUUUUAUUUCUCUACUUUUGGAACAAACAGGAG